CUAGAGUUUGUAUAAAUAUUAAACAAAUUGUAGUAGCAAGAACAUUUGCUUACGUAAUUUUGAGUAAAAUUAAGCUAAACUUGUGUAGAUCUGCAAUGGAAGUUUCAGUACAAUUUAUAUUUCUAAUGUUCUUCAUGAAUAGUUGGAAUUUCAACAAAGCUUAUGUUCCAUCGGGUUACCUCGGAUGCUACAUAGAUAAGAUUGCCCGCAUUUUAUCUCACAGAAUGCCUAAUUCAGCACACAACUCGGGCGACCAGUGCAAGAAACAAUGCAAGGCCGCCGGGUACAGAUAUGCUGGAACAGAGUUUACGUACGAAUGUUUCUGUGGAAACUUCAUAAAAGAAUACCCGAAAGGUUCAAAGUGUACAGCGAAAUGUCCUGGAAAUAAGAACGAGGUAUGUGGAGGGACGUGGCACAUUUCAUUAUACGAUACUAAGGUAGACGACUCAGGAGUUUAUGUACCAUCGGGCUACCUCGGAUGCUACAUAGAUAAGACUGUCCGCAUUUUGUCUCACCGAAUGCCUAAAUUCGCAAACAACAAUGGCGAUCUCUGCAAACAACGAUGCAAGGCUGCCGGAUACAGAUAUGCUGGAACAGAGUAUACUGUGGAAUGUUUCUGUGGGAACAAUAUAAAAGAUUAUCCAAAAGGAUCAGGGUGUACAGCUAAAUGUCCUGGAAAUAAGAAGGAGGUAUGUGGAGGGACGUGGCACAUUUCCUUAUAUGAUACGCAGGAAAACGGAGAUUUGAAAUACUGCGAUAUAUACGAUGUCUGUCCUGCAAAAUGGAAAUGCAGAAAUAAGAAAAUAGGCUUUUUAUGUCUGGCGCCAUAAUCAGAAGUCAGAAGGAGCAAGUAAAAAUACUGACAACUAAAAACAAAAACAAAAACCCGCAAACUUCGGAUGUUCUAAUGUUAAAGAUGUAACACAAUACGUAUGACUUUGAUUAGUAACAAAACAAUCUUAAUAAUAAAAACAAUUUUUUAAUAUUUCUCUUUAUUUUCUUAUUUCAUUGUCUGCAAUGAUGUCUGCAUCAUUACUAAAUCAGUCUUUGCGUAACAGACGCGCUGAGUAUAAAAAUAAACGAUUCUUUCAGAUAA